AUGGACAAAGCUUUAGAGACUACUACAGAAUAUAUCAUCAUUGUGUGCUUCACGAUCAUGAUCACGUUUGGUGCAGCCGGAAACGGACUGGUUUGUUACGUCGUGGCCAGAAACUCUCAAAUGAGAACCCCGCGAAAUAUUUUUAUCAUUAAUUUGGCUAUUUCAGAUUUCACGUUAUGUUUGUUUACCCAGCCUCUCAAUCUGUAUAAACUGUUACAGUAUCAUUGGACGUUAGGCAGCUUCAUGUGUAAAUUUGCCACUAUGUUUCAGGGGACUAAUGUGUUUGUGUCUACGAUCAGUAUCACGGCGAUUGCCUUAGACAGAUUUCAAGUGAUUGUUUACCCGACUAAAGACAGUAUGAAACGUGCUGGGGCUGCUAUAGCAUUAAUAACAAUCUGGUUGAUUUCGUUCCUAAUGGCCAGCCCCUUUCUGCUCUUCUCAAUCCUCAAAGAAGACCAGCCCCUUCCAGCUUUUGACUUUUAUAUUUAUAUUUGUAUCGAGGAUGUGAAACUUGCGACAGAGAAACGAGCUUACUCAGUCGCUCAGAUUGUGGUUCAGUAUGUUUUACCCAUUGUCAUUGUGAUAGUAGCGCAUCUCAGGAUCUGUAACAAGCUAAAAUACCGUAUGGUGCAUCAACAAAACCCAGGCUCAAGGUCACCUUAUCAAAGAAAGAAAAACGAACGCAAUCGAAAUCGCAAACGUAAGACAAACUUUCUAUUGAUUGGAAUUGCGGUAGUGUUUGCGUUAAGUUGGUUACCUUUAAAUAUUUUUAACUUACUCAGUGAAUUCAACCUGGAUGUUUUCCGCGCUGACCUCCAAGGUCGUGAACAGUCAAUUAACAUCAAUUUAGCGUAUGCCAUUUGUCACAUGCUGGUGCUUGCGUCUGCGUGUUUAAAUCCCGUCCUUUAUGGAUGGCUUAACGACAAUUUUCGAACGGAAUUCAUGAAAGUGCUGUGUUGUCAAUGUUGUAAAGAUUUUCAGUCAUGGAUCAAGAUGAAGUUGUGUUGUCACACGCCGGACGUUGCCGCACCGGCUCUUAACGUUCCUGCGAUUACGAUUACGGCGAAUAACGGAUCAGGUGGUCACAUAGAAGAAGAUGGAUUUACAGUCGCUCCAUCUAUUGUUUGUGAUGACGUAUCUCGCUAUGACAAUGAAGAAGUUGUUCCCUUGAAAAAUGGCAGCAAUUUAAGUUCAGGAGUGAAUAACUAUUCUAAAAAUACAGAGCCGAACAUGUUAAGUCCGUAA